AUGGAUGUCCCUGAGCCCGAUCAGUCGCCCUUCACAGCCGUGUCCGCGCACACCUCUAAACUGACCCGACACUACCAAGCCUACCUCGAUGCCUCGACCCCGUACACAACCUACCGCUGGGUUGGUUCCGGUGUACUCCUGUUCCUCUUCUUCCUGCGCAUUUUCGUGGCGCAGGGCUGGUAUAUCGUCGCCUAUACACUCGGCAUCUAUCUCCUGAACCUCUUCCUCGCUUUCCUGACUCCCAAGUUCGACCCCUCUCUCACCCAGGACGAGGGUCUCGAGGAUGGUGACGCGGGCUCCCCCAGCCUCCCUACCAAGAAGGAUGAGGAGUUCCGGCCCUUCAUCCGCCGUCUCCCAGAGUUCAAGUUCUGGCACUCGGCCACUCGCGCCAUCGCCAUUGGCUUCGUUUGCUCUUGGCUCGCUGUCUUCGAUAUCCCCGUCUUCUGGCCGGUCCUGGUUGUUUACUGGAUCAUUCUCUUUGUGUUGACGAUGCGACGACAAAUCCAGCACAUGAUCAAGUAUCGCUACGUGCCUUUCUCCUUCGGAAAGACGCGCUACGGCCGUUGGACAACCUCAACCACGACGCAAUAUGUCUUCACAUUGAUCUUUCUAUUCCUCCUCGCCAUCUUCAACCGCUUCCUUGGUGCUCUCAAAUUCCAACUCGAGAAAUCCUGGUCCCAGCACCCCUCUACCCCUCAAACCAUGCUUCUUGCUCCAGUGAAUCGACGAAGCAUACGAAAAGCAAAGCUCAGUCCUCUUCCAGACUACAUACACGUGCACGGGAACGACCCCGAGGAAGAGAGCUUGCCAGUCUUGACUAACAACAAUGAAACACUAAUCACGUCAAGGGAUCUCAAAAGAGAUGGCCAUUGCAAUAGAACUUCAUUGGGAUGCCUGCUCCCGUCGUGGAAGGCCAGUGGAACGUGGAGUCUUCGCAAAGACGGGACACGUGCGUUGCUUGAGUGUGUUAGGGCUUUGAUUGGAUAUUUCUUGAUGCUAUCUGUGAUGACAUUCAACGUCGGCGUCUUCGUUGCUACGCUUUUUGGUGUCCUGGUGGGCGAACUGCUUCUUGGGAGAUUUACUCAGGGGACUCCUGGUUGGCAGGAAGGGACUUGUCAUGGUAGGGAUUGA